UCUCACACCCCGUGUGUUGCUAUAGUUACCGGUGUGUCCGUGCGAAGUGCUGAGAGGGAACAUGAAACGGAGCUUUCCGCCCAGCACCACACCCAGGGCCUCCUCGGGUUAUUUACCUGUACCAAUCUUCAAUCAGAAAAAAAGAAUCAGGCAGCCACUAACAUCAGCUCCACAAAGAAAUGAGCCCAGUUCUAGUUGUUUUCAUCAAGCUCCAGACAGCUAUGAUUUUUCUCCAGUGUCAACAGAAAACGUAAUUCUUCAGCCAGUUAAUCCAGGACAAAAAAUAGACACAAGCUUGCAGGUUUUUCAGCAAUUGCAGCACCCUUUAGCUCAUCAGCAAUAUAAAUUCAACACAACUGGCUACAGCAAAGGGUCCACAGGAAAGAAUCAAACGUCCUGGACCCAAGAAGACUUUGUACAUCAGAAUUCAAGAACUAAGAAUCAAGUAUAUAAACACACAACCAAGCAAAGUAAAGACCCCCUGUUUGCUGAUAUGCCUGAGGAUGAAAUGGUACAGGCUGUUCCAUUGCACCAGAUGACUGUCAAAGAAAAGGAAAAUUCAUUGCGAAUAUUACCUGCAACAAUAGAAAGCAUGAAACAUUGGAGUGAAUACACAGACAAGAUCCCCCUGUUAUUUGAGUUGUUGGCAACACUUGAUUCUGCUGUAACUUCUGGAGAUCAUGGGUCAAAAUUAUUUCUCAUGCGUGAUGGCAAGAGCUGUGUUCCUUGUAUUUUCUAUGAAAUAGAUAGAGAGCUACCAAGAUUAAUCAGAGGUCGAGUUCAUAGGUCAGUGGGAAACUAUGACAAAAAAAGAAACAUACUGAAAUGUGUGUCUGUGAGACCUGCUUCUGGUACAGAGCUACAGACCUUUAAAGAAUUCAUUAAUGCUGCUAAUGAAGAGAUGGAAAAGUAUACUAAAACAUUCAAUGAAAUGUAGUAGAUUUCAUUUAUUUUUUUCUAGAUGCUUGCAAUGGAUGCAAAAUGCACAGUAAUUGCAUCACAAGAUAUCUGAGUUUGUGACGAAUGCACUGUGAUUGAAAGUUGAUAUGCUUGACAAAAAUGUUUGUGACGAACUGAGAGUAAUUUUUAUUUUUACAAGUAUCUGUUGCCUUCUGUUAAUAGAAUAUUCUACCUGCUUUAGCUCAGCAAUAAUAAUCCAGAAGAUCAUUUGUGUCUAAAUGUGCUGCCUGUUUAUUCAACAAACACAUAGAACAUUAAUAAUAAAUGUGAGGCAUCAUAUGAGUAGCUGCGUAUAACAGUACAUUUUAGCAU